AAUAUAAAUAUAGAUAAAUAUAUAUAUAAAAUAACUCGCUCUUUCUCUCGCCAGCUCUUUCUCUCUCUAAACGUCUCCUCUCUAUCUCUUUCUACACCAUCUGCAAUCCUGUCUCUAUUCAUCAAUUAAUCUCCUUUGUUCUUAUUAUAUAAUCACCUUGUCUUUUUAUUUAUAUAAAUUGUUUUUUUUUUUUUAAUUUUUAUAAUUUUCGUCCCCUUUAUCGUCUAGUAAUUUUGAUCUCUCUUGCCUUUUCUUUAAUCAAUAUUUUUGCUUGGGGUGUUUUUAUCUAUCAAGACCAAACAGUGAUCGAUUCAUAUCCAAAUCCAAUCCAUUGCUGAAUCUUUUUCAUUUUCAUGGAUCGAGUAAUGCGAUUUUGUGCUUUUGACUUCCUGUAAGUGAAUGACAGAGAUAUGGGAUUAGAAUCUGUUGGUGGGUUCUUCCAGUUCUCUGCUCAACAGCAAUUGGGUAUUCCAACUGGACUGUUCAACACCUGAUAAAUCUGAUUUUCUGGUGGGGCUUCGUUUGUUGAUUCAUAUAUCAAUGGAGCAAUUCCAGAUAGGGGUUUGAUUGUUGGGGUUUCUUUGCCCUUUUUGUUCUUUUUCGAUUUUGGGAGGUCAAUGGAUGAGCUAAGCGCUAAUGAAGCGCAAGAAUUGGAAGCGUCUUCACUACGGUGGCGGCCCAGGCAGCUAGCAUUUGAGCGGUACAUGCCGUCGAGUGAUCCUGAGGACAAGGCAGAAGCUUUGCGCGUUGCUGUGAGAAGGCCUUUGGUGGCAAGACUAACUAAAGACAUAGUUGAGACAUAUCAAAUAUGCAAUCCCCAGUUCAAGUAUUCUGAAGAAUUAAAUCCGAAAAGAUAUCUGACUAGUCCAUCAAUUGGAGUCCUGAAUGAUGGCUAUGACAAUGUGAAUUCUGAUCUGAUUCUGACUGUAAAUUGUGCGUUGGUCAAUCUAGAGACCCAGAGAAGAUACAUUGUCAAAGAUGUUCUUGGCCAUGGAACUUUUGGACAGGUUGCUAAAUGCUGGUUUGCAGAAACCAACAGCUUUGUUGCUGUAAAGAUUAUUAAAAAUCAACCAGCUUACUAUCAGCAGGCUCUAGUUGAAGUAUCUAUUUUGAGAACGUUAAACAAAAAGUAUGAUCCUGAAGAUAAGCACCACAUUGUUCGUAUAUAUGAUUAUUUUGUAUUUCAGAGGCAUUUAUGCAUUUGCUUUGAAUUGCUUGACACAAAUCUGUAUGAGCUUAUCAAGAUAAAUCAAUUCAGGGGCUUAUCACUGAGCAUUGUCCAAUUGUUCUCUAAACAGAUUUUACGUGGAUUGGCUCUACUAAAGGAUGCUGGGAUAAUUCAUUGUGAUUUGAAGCCAGAAAACAUUCUUUUAUGCACAAGUGUGAAGCCAGCAGAAAUUAAAAUAAUUGACUUUGGAUCAGCAUGUAUGGAGGAUCGCACCGUUUACUCCUACAUCCAGAGUCGUUACUACAGGUCACCUGAAGUUCUCCUUGGGUAUCAAUAUACUACUGCUAUUGACAUGUGGUCCUUUGGGUGCAUAGUUGCAGAACUGUUUUUAGGAUUGCCGCUCUUCCCUGGAGCUUCAGAAUUUGAUCUUUUGAGGAGAAUGAUUGAAAUACUUGGUGGACAACCCCCCGAUUAUCUACUAAAGGAGGCCAAAAAUACAAGCAAGUUCUUUAAGUGCAUUGGAAGUGUCCACAAUGUAGACAAUGGUGAAGCUUCCUUUGGUAGCAGAAGUGCUUAUCAAGCAUUAAGUGUGGAAGAAUAUGAAGCUAGAGAGUUGAAAAAACCAUCCAUUGGAAAGGAGUAUUUCCAUCAUAUGAACCUUGAGGCAAUUGUUACAAACUAUCCUUACAGAAAAAAUCUUCCGCAGGAGGAUAUCAUGAAAGAGAGUCAAAUAAGAUUAGCUUUGAUUGAUUUCUUAAGAGGGCUUGUCGAGUUUGAUCCUGCAAAGAGGUGGUCCCCUUUCCAGGCGUCAAAACACCCUUUUGUAACAGGGGAGCCUUUCACCUGUCCCUACAGGCCUCUUCCAGAAUCCCCUCGCAUGCCUGUUACACAAAAUUUUAAGGUGGACCAUCACCCAGGCGGUGGGCAUUGGUUUGCUGCUGGUCUCUCUCCUAAUAUUCCAGGCAGGACCAGGGCAUCCCUUCAUAACAGCCCACACUAUCAAGUGGUUCCCUACACACAUGGUAAUAGUUAUGGUAGUAUAGGAAGCCACGGAAGUUACAAUGACGGUAUUGGCCUCGGAAAUAGUUAUGGGGAUAGCAAUAAUAUGUUUCCAUAUUAUUCACCAGUUGGUCCUUCUGGAAUGAACAUGCAUGCACAGACUGGUCUAUCAAUGCUUGGAAGUAGUCCAGAAGCAAGACGAAGGUUUAUACAAUAUUCACAUCAAAAUGGAAUUGGUGUGAGUCCAUCAACAGGAAAUUUUGCACCACUCCCCCUUGGCACCAGUCCCUCCCAAUUCACUCCUCCAAGUUCCUACAGUCAAGUUUCCGCUGGUUCUCCAGGACAUUACGGUCCAACUUCACCAGCAAGAAGCAAUUGUCAUGGAUCACCUUUAGGAAAAAUGGCUGCAGUUACUCAAUUCAACCGAAGAAAAAGUUGGGGGUAUUCUGGGAGUUCUCAAGAGAGUAUGCCAGCUUUGCAUUGGCAAGGACAAUACACUGAUGGUACCAGUUCUACCCAAGCUGAGGGAAAUCCUUCAGUACUUGGAAGUUCACCGUCACACUGGCAGUCAAAUUCUAGCACAGCAAAUUGGAUGCAGCAGCAUGGUGGUAGUGGAAUUUCUGCUGGUCAUUCUACCAUUCAGCAUAUGCCAGGUUCCUUCAAGCCUUCUAACAUGCAAUUGCCUAAAAAUGUGGGACCAACAUAUGAUAAGCCUGAGGCUAGCAUGUCAUUGCCAGAUCCAGGGGAUUGGGAUCCCAAUUACAGUGAUGAACUUCUUCUAGAAGAGGAUGGUUCAGAUGUCAACUCCAUAAGCAUUGAUUUCAGCAAAGGCAUGCAUCUUGGUUCAGGUGAUUCAUCAGUUGGUUUUGGAAGAUCCAACUGGGCAUCAAACCAGAGUUCCAAUUCAUUGAUUCAGAGACAAAAUGGGCCUAUUCAAGCAUUUACACACACUGAGGUGGGAAGCCCUCCUUCAGCUCAUGAUAUGCAUGCUGGAUAUGGCCGUUCAAUGUCAAAGCCUUCUCACUUCAUGCCUCAUGUCUCGCAAAAUUCACCAAGCCGUUUAGGACAGCAAUCUCUUCCAUGCUUCAAUCAUGGGAGAUCAGCUUUUCGGGGUAGUGAAUGGAAUCAUAUCAAGGUGCAGCCCCCUGAAUCCAGUUUUUCUGGGGGUCCACUUUCUCCAGGAAAUAGUUCACUCAAUAAUGGUGUGCCAUGGGGGCGUAGGACGAAUUAUCCUUUCACAAGCAUGCCACCGGCAUCCCGAGGGAGAAAAGACUACAGAAGGAUUGUCUAGUUUUGGAAUCAGCUUAUUAUUAUUAUUUUUUCUCCAUGAGGGAUUUGUUUUGAGUGUUGGAAAGAAAGUUGUACUCGAUAGUUGACCAGCCUUGUGGGCUGAUGCUAAGGAAAUCCUCACCCAGACAUGUUCAUUCAUUGUGCUUGCAUAAAUAUAAUUCAUGGUUGUGGUU